CUCUACGGUCGUGAAGGAGUUAACGGGGAGGGCGGAACUCGUGCACCGGCCGCAGUAGAUGAUUGCGAUAUAUUGAUAUCGAGCGGUGCUGAGAUGCUACGACGCUCCUCGGAGACACCAAAGCGACCCUUUUGAAAACAUCAUUAGGAUAUAUAACGCGACGGGGCCGUUUUUCGCGCUUCUGUGGACACGUCACAUCAUCGGUUUACCUCAGGAGAAAUGCGCUCGCGUCCAUCUGGAUGAUACGGAGGCGACGCGACGCGAGGGUCGCGCGUCGCACAGAUUGUGAUGCGGACAGGAAUGAUUUUGUGAGUGUGAUUUUAUAUUGUCGCGUGUUCACAGACCGGAGUCGUUUAGAGACGAGCGUCUCUGCAGGUGGAUGAUGAUGAUAAUGACGUGAAUGUGCUUUUAUUUGAGUAUACACUUAUCAAAUCAGUCAUAUUAAUUUGACGUUGGUCAGACGUAGACUGCAUGCAUGACGGGUUCUGGGUCGACUUGAGGUGUUUCGAUCAGGGAUGCGAUGGAUCCGCCCUCGAGGGGUUCGAACCCGCAGCCGUAGGGUGACAUCAGGUGUGUAACCGUUAGGCCGUGGCAGAAAUGUUACCCGGGGUGGGUGUGUUCGGUACCAGUCUGACGGCUCGGGUCAUCAUUCCCCUGCUGAAGAGUGAGGGCUUCGCGGUGAAAGCGCUGUGGGGUCGCACGCAGGAAGAGGCGGAGGAGCUCGCGCGCGAGAUGAACGUGCCCUUCUACACUAACCGCAUCGAUGACGUGCUGCUGCAUCAGGACGUGGACCUGGUGUGUAUAAACCUGCCACCGCCGCUCACGAAACAGAUCGCCGUCAAGACAUUGGGUAUUGGAAAAAAUGUCAUAUGUGACCGGACGGCCACACCGUUGGACGCCUUCCGCAUGAUGUCAGCGGCGCAGUACUACCCUAAACUGCUCAGCAUCAUGGGUAACGUGCUGCGCUUCCUUCCCGCCUUCGUCCGCAUGAAGGAGUUGUUGGAGGAAGGUUACGUGGGGGAGCUGUUGGUGUGCGAGGCACAGGUGCAUGCCGGCAGCCUUCUCGGCAAGAAAUAUAACUGGAGCUGUGACGACCUGAUGGGCGGAGGAGGCCUUCACUCGGUGGGCAGCUACAUCAUCGACCUGCUGACGUUUGUGACCGGACGGCGAGCGGCCAAAGUUCACGGCUUCCUUAAGACUUUCGUCAAGCAGACUGACCACAUCCAAGGCAUCCGGCAGAUCACCAGCGACGACUUCUGCACCUUUCAGAUGGUGUUGGACGGAGGCGCCUGCUGCACCGUCACGCUCAACUUUAACGUCCCGGGUGAGUUCAGACAGGAGGUGGUGGUCGUGGGAACAGCCGGCAGGCUGACGGUGUCUGGGACGGACUUGUACGGUCAAAAGAAUGACGGUGAGAGUGGGAAGGUGCUCUUGCUAAAAGACGACACUCCUGUGGGAAACGCAUCUUUACCGGACAAGGCGUUCCGAGAUAUUCCAUCUCCGUACCUCACCGGCACCAUCUGCAUGGUUCAGGCGAUACGGCAGGCCUUCCAGGAUCAGGAUGACAGGCGCACGUGGGAUGGCCGGCCACUUACGAUGGCCGCCACAUUUGAGGAUUGUCUUUACGCUCUUUGUGUGGUGGACACCAUUAAAAAGUCCAAUCAGUGUGGUGAGUGGCAGAACAUCGUGGUUAUGACGGAGGAACCGGAGGUUAGCCCCGCCUACCUGAUCAGCGAGGCCAUGCGGCGCAGCAGGAUGUCGCUUUACUGCUAAUGCACCUCACUGGAUCUAGUGAAAUGCAAAGCGCUAGUAAAGUUGCACAUUUUGUGUACAAAUCCAGAGGUGAAAGUCAGUCACACAAAUGGAUUAGAACUGCAAACGUUAGUUUUAUUUGUAUACGCAAGACUGAUACCCAACAUCCACACACCUGCUGACAGUGAAUCCAUUCGCCUUUUCUUGUCGUGUGGACUUCAUCUGAUGGGUGUUUUUGUAACGUGUGUUUGUCUGGUUACAAGUGCAUUGUGUGGCUGUUAGACCUCUUAGCGUAUGCAAUAAUCUGCCUGUGAAAAGCAACACAACAUCAUACUUUGGUGUUACAUAAGGUCUUCGUUCCCGUGACACUUGUAUUCACAGAGCUGCGUGCUAACGUGCUAAAUAAGUUGUGCUGUUCAUUGUAGGUUCAGUUUAACGCUACACAAUGUUCGUCUUGAGCUCUCCUCUAGUGCGCUUGUGUUAGCAUGUUGAGCAUAUAAUGUAUUCACAUGAACUCCAGCAGUCGACCGAUAACAUGCAUGAAAUCUGCUUUGUCAAAAACACGAAACACAAGAAUAUCGCUUCAGUAUCGUUCAAACUGUAUAGCUGCAAUAAGUCAUUUUGUUUAUUACAAGUGUAAGUGUACUAUAGUUUAUAGUCAUUGGAAUAAGAUUUGAUGAUGUGGACCAGUAUCACGUGAGCUCUGUCUGAUCCACCUUAGACCGGUUGCUUUUCAAAUGGUUUUGAUUUAGGACCGAGAUUUUACAUUCAACUGAGCAGAAAAGUUAACCAUAAUUGUUUUGCAGUAUCGUGCAAAGAUAAACAAAUAUCUCCUUUGAGUCAAACAUUAAACAUGCAAAAAAGUAGGAUUUUGAGAGAAUUAAAUUAAACAAAAUCAGAUAUUGAGCAAGUAUAUAUAAAAACCACAGUAAGCGUAUGAUAAUGAUUUAUGCUCUGAGCUGUUGUGUGGGAUUUUGUUGGAAAAGUCAGUUUGAUGUCUUUUGACUACACAAAGUAGUCUGCAAUUUUUUUUUCAAGCACAGAUGGCGAUAGAGAGACAAACGUCACAGAUCCUCACUGGAAACUGACAGUAAAAUCAUGAUUGACUCAGAUGUUGAUGUGUUUAUUUGAUGUUGUUUAUGUAGUCGGCUUUUAACAUUUCCAGUAAAGACAUUGGAGACAACAAGUGUAUUCCAUCACAUUUAUGCACGACCUGCUUAACAACAUUUAUUUUUUGCAGUUUGAAUUAUUUUCCUUUGGUUUGGUUGUCAGACUAGCAGAUGUGAGCUGUUGUUUUUGACUGUUUCAGAACGUUGCAGUUCCUCAAGGGCUAUUUUAAUGCUUGUGGCUGAAAGCGAUACAGGUACAUCCACUGGGCAUGCUCACUUCAAUACCGCAUAAUAUUUAUCUCGCUGACAACAGUUAAUUACUAUUUCAUUCUUAUUGUAAGGUUAGGUUUAGGAUUGAGGGAGGUGAAGGCGUUAGUUAAUGUCAUUUUAUGGCCAGAUUUUGCAUCACUUCCGGCCGUAGCUGUAUCCCUUCUAGCCACAACUGUAUUUCAUGCAGAUUUAUUGUGAAACAUAUAUUUCACACAUGCUAAAGGAACGUCAUGUGAAUAUGUCUGGAGUCAUUCUGAACAUAUGAUGCAUGGAAGAACUGGAUUUUAAAUUCAAUCCUGAAUUUUUUUGGUAUUUGUGCAUCGACAGAUAUGUUGAUAAAAAUGGUGAUAACUGACCUGCAAGUCAUAUUCUGUAAAUGUAUAAACAAGAUGUUUUCUGAGCUCCAUCCGGCUGGAAAUGUUGACUAAAAUCAGUUUAGUGCGUGUAACAUCUCAACGUGUUUGCUGUCGUUCAUGCCUUUAGAAUCACUGUGGAUCUGCUCACUGUGUCAUGACGGCUCUUCGGCAGCUUUAUGACAAAAGACUUUAGAGAAUUAUUACUUGAUAUGUUUGUUAUUUUUUUGUCAUGGUUGUAUAUUUUAAGUAUUUUUUGUGCUGCUUAUAAAAACACCUGCUGAACAUUACUGUAAACAUGCCGUAUGCAGUGUAUGGAUGUAUUUAUUAUAUCUUGAAUGUUUCAGGAAGUGUUUGUUUUGAAACAGGAAUAAGAUGCUUUUAAAUGUUAAGCUUCUUCAGGAAGUGAUGUCACAAAGAGUCCAACAGAACUGUCCUGAUUCCCUCCGAAAGGUUUGAGAUGCAUGUACAAGGAGAGUAAAACUUGAGAAUAAUUGAGUUCAAAGUUUUAAUAAUUGAGUUUAGAUUACCAUCUAAACAGAUAUUUGUAAGUUUCAUACAAUAUUUAUUUUAUUGUGGCAGAUUCUGAUGUUUCCAAUGAUUUCGUGAAAUGAAAUCUGGUAGUUUGUGUCGGUUUUUUUUGUUUUGUAUCUCUCAUAAGCAGUCUUUGUAUUAAGUUGUUCGAUUGAACGUCUUUCCUGUGGGUGUCAUCUCAAAAUCAAAUAAAUAUAUUAAAUCUUUUGUUAAAUUUCUUCUUUUAUUUCUGUAUUUAGAUUUUGAGAUGAUUUUAUGGUGUUACUCAGUGUGAAUGAAUGAUGUUUCAGGAUCUUUAUUAUGUUUUAAAAACUUCCAGAUGUGAAGAGGAAGCUAUGGUGGAAUUUGAGACGAUUCAUCACUGAUUUAACAUGGACAAACUCAACUGCUGAUGUUUAACUUGCUUGUAACUGAACAAAAUUAUUUCAUUAUCUAACAUAAAACUGGAAAAUAUGUUAUAAAUGGAAAUGACUUUUCUUGUUCAUGUAUCGGAGUUUCUUUUUUUAGCUGUUGGGCAGCGUGUGCAGACACACAUGUUUGUAAGAAGAAUGACGAUAUUAAAAACAAAUGUCUUGAAUGUGUGAUGCUGUGGAUUUAAUGUAAACUUUCACUUUAAACUUUGAUGGAAGUUUAAUCAAUUAAAACUCUUAAGAAAUGCUAAUAAACAUAAUUAUUUACUAUAUCACGGAAAUUCACAGAAUGUCUGGCUGAUAUUUCAAAUCCAUGAAAUAAAAAUAUAUGCUUUGCAAAAAAAAGAAAACAUUUCAGGGCUGUUGAAUUUUUUUUUUUUAGCAAAAUACAAUAAUUUUUUGGAGGAUAUUUCAUCACUUCUUAAUUGCCUAUACAGAGAAAUAUUCUCAUGGUCUUUUAUUUUAUUCUUAACGUUUAGAAAGCGAUAAAUCAGUAUUUCUGCUGCUGCUUUUACUUCAUGCAGAUUUCUAAAUGCAUUCUUUUGAUAUUGGAUGGUUUACAUCAUUGUCUUAAAGUAAUAGUAAAGUUCAAUUACUUCAUUCAAAAUACAAAUAGUUUGUCUUUUUAAAUAUUACUUUAGGGUGAAUGUGACCCUUUAAUCUUACUCCCAUCACCAUUCCUCGUAAACUUUAAGACAGUUGCCUGUCAUUGAAUAAUAGACCAUAUCAUAUCAAGAGGUGGACCUGCUUUUGACCCUCAGCCUGUAUCCUAGCAACCACAAAACCAAACCCAACCAUCUUAAACAUUAAACAAAGACCACUCCUGAUCUCUGUCAUUCUGUAUGUGACCAUCAGAACAUAAAUACAGUUUAUAAAUCUCAAUUUCACAAUGAACUCCUAAUGGAUAAAUGAUGUGAAGAUUUGAUCACCUGUAGAGUAAGUCCCAGUUUAGUUACUGGUUACUUGUAUUGUCUGGUGUGUAACUAUGGUGAUCUUGUUGGAAUGUUGUAUCCAGACGAGAAAAUAAACCCCCUCAUGACAAACCAAUAUCUAAUUUAAGUUCUCUUCAAUUAUUUGAGUAAAUUAUGCGUAAAUAAAUGAUGCUUUAAUAUGAAUGUAGUGUUUUUAUCCCAAUAGAUAUAAAUAAAUAUAAUUCUGUAGUCCAGCAAUGAGAGAACAAACACGUGUUUAGUUUGCAGAUGUUGCCCAUCAGUGCUGUAUUGCGAAUGCUUUCUGGAUGUUUUCAAUGAUAUUUAUUGUAUUAUAUGUAUAUUGUGGACGCAUGGACUCUUGUAUAUAUUUUGGAGUGAUGGACGUAUGUAUCUGUCCAGUAGUAUGUACUGUACAGCAGCAUCAGAUUUGAUAUUUUCUUCGUCUGCUGUAUGAUGUAUGUCAGAACUGACCCCGUGACUCUGUGUGAUGUAAACUGAGACUCAAUAUCGGGCUGUUCUGAGAACAGCUGUCAGUGUUCCUCUGUGUCAUAUCUGUUCUCUUCACUGAUCUGAAUGUACAUGACACAACACAUGUGUGAUGAAAUGUGUCCCAGAAAGUCUCUGAGAUGGUUUACAGUAUCUGAUGCUGUGCUUUCUAUUAAAUACAUUCAUAUUAAAGAC